AUGUUGCCGAAGUUUUUCCAGCGCAUUAGCCGCUGUGAGUCGGUUUACGAUGUGAUUUACGUGAAAUAUUUGCUGUACAAGUUUUUCGGUUUUACGAUUUUCACCGUUGAUGGACGGCCCCAGGACGGGAAGGUCAAGCUAACGGCUUGGGACGUGUUUUCGCUGGUGCGAGUGCUGGCGAUGGAGGCGGUGGUGUUUUACGUGUCCUACACGACGUUGCAGUCGCGGGCGAGCACCGGAUCGAGCAUCCUGGACAACGGCACGCGGUACACUUUUGUGGGGGGGAGUUUGUACAUUUCGCUGGUGACGCUGCUGAACUAUCGCCGGUACCAGGGCGUGUGGAAGAUCUUCGCCGAAAUAGAUCGGUUUGAUGGGAGGGCUAAACAAAUCAACGCACCCGUUGAUCAGAGAACGCAACAGAUUAGAAUCCUUCAAUCGAUCGCCGGUCUUAUAAUAAGUUUUGUACUCAUUACCAUCUCCGGCAUAGCUAUGGUAUUCUGGUCCGAAGAAACUUCAAUCUACCGGUGGUCAAUUCCUGUAUCAGUUAUAUUUUUCAACAUUCCCUUCUUACUGAUGCAGCACCAAGUCCUGAUAGUGACCUACCUAGUCUACUACCGCGUUCAACACCUUAACGCCACCUUCGAGGUCCACUUCAUUCCCCAAAAAGAACCAACCCUGGUGAUCCUCGCAGAACUUCCUGCACCCCGUUCAAUCCACGACAAACCCACCAUCUUGCACAACCUAGUUAUCCAAUGGGACGAGAUCCGGCGCAUCGUUCAACGCAUCAGCAACGAGUUCUACGCCCAGCUGAUAUUCGUGGUGCUCGUGUCGAUCAUGAUCGUGACGUUCAGCUUGUUCGCCCUGUACCGGGCGUUCCUCACCGGGGAUCGCGUUCAGAUGGUGCGAGCUCUGAUGUACAUGGAGUGCGACGUGUUCUACCUGGUGAUGCUGGUACUGUUCACCUGGUCGGCUGAUGGGAUCAAACGGGAGGCCGUGAAAACUGCCGUUUUGGCGCACAAAGCCCUCCGAGAGUUGGAAAACGAGCGCGUUCAGGACGAUCUGCUGCUGUUUUCGCAAAUGGUCAACCAUCAGGUGCCGGUUAUCGAUUGUGGCGUUUUCCGGUGUGAUUGGAAGCUGGUCUUAUCGCAUCGACGGCAUCACGGAAUCGGCCACAAAGGCGGGGACUAA